AUUGCGCGCGCACCAAAAACGUCGGGUUCAUGAGACGGAACUGCCCACUGACUUGCGGUUUCUGUGCAUUGCCAGCAACAACAGCUCGAAGAACAACAAAGACGACUACAAAACCACCACCUACAACAACAACAACAACAACAACUGACCAGGCAGUGGUUGCGCUUAUUGAAGAAUGCGAAGACAAGAAAUCCAGUUGUGAGAGCUGGGCCAACGCAGGUUUUUGUAAUCCCGGAAACCAAUACGAACGGUUUAUGACGAAGAACUGCCCAGUGUCCUGCGGAUUGUGUGCCGUCAGUGUCGAAGACCAAGAAUCCGCAGAAAUCAGUGAUGCUGUCAGUGCUGAGAUUGUCGAAGGUGGCGCUGAGGAAGGCCAAGGUCAGAGUGGGGUCAGGGUCGUCAUAACCCGUAAUGGCAAGACGGAAACGAAGUUCAUAACCACGGAUGACGUGACCAGGUUCGCGGACAGGCUCGCCAACGCUCAAGGUCAGGGUGAAGUGGACAGGUUGCUGGGGCAAGUGCUUGGUGGAGCGAGUGGAUCAGCAACAGGUGACACACGUCGCCAUACCCAAGGGACCCGCGUGACCAUCACGCGCCGCAAGAGUGUGCGUGGGUCAGACGGUGCGGUUACCGAGACUGAGAGCACGUGGACUGGCUGGGCGGGAGCCAGUCAGGAGAAUGGGAGGGGUAGCAGGCGGAGGUCACGAGAAAGGUCAUCGCGAGAACGGGAUGAUUAAUUUCACAUACUAAAGGAACCUCCGACUGAACAGUAAC